AUGGCGUACGAACCGCGAGGGGACUAUGGAGGAGGAGGCGGAGGUGGAGGUGGUGGAGGGGGUGGUGGUGGUGGAGGAGGCCACUACGGACAGGACGGCGGUGCUGCAGGAUUUGUGCGGGCACGGGGACGACGUCCUGUGACGGAUUAUGGGGCGACCUUGGUGCACUGGAUGCGGCACCGGCAGCCCAAGUACCGAGACGCCUACACGGGCGAGGUGGAGCGGCCGAGUGCGAGCUACAUUGUCGAUAUGCUCCCACCGGCGGCGCGGGUGACCAACGCGGCCGACAGCGUGCCGACACGGUACCUGCACUCGUCGCAGAACAAGAUCAAGCACCCGGUCAACGUGGUGCGGUGGACGCCCGAGGGCCGGCGGCUGCUGACGGCGUCGAGCAGCGGCGAGUUCACGCUCUGGAACGGGACGGGCUUCAACUUUGAGACGAUCAUGCAGGCACACGACUCGGCGAUCCGGGCGUUGGCCUACUCGUACAGCGACGACUGGCUCAUCUCGGCCGACCACGACGGCAUGAUCAAGUACUGGCAGCCCAACUUCAACAACGUCAAGAGCCUGGCAGCCCACAACGAGCCGAUCCGCGACCUGGCCUUUGCCCCGACAGACGCCAAGUUUGUCACGGCCUCGGACGACUCGACCCUCAAGAUCUUUGACUUUGCAGCCGCCCGACCGGAGGCCACGCUGGCCGGCCACGGCUGGGACGCCAAGACGUGCGACUGGCAUCCGACCAAAGGCCUGGUCGUGUCGGGCUCCAAGGACCACCUGGUCAAGCUCUGGGACCCGCGCUCCGGCCGCUGUCUGACCACGCUGCACGGCCACAAGAACACGAUCACAAAGACGGCCUUUGAGCGUGUGCGCGGCAUGUGUCUGGCCACGGCUGCCCGCGACCAGACAGCCCGCGUGCUAGACCUGCGCACGAUGCGCGACAUCUGCCUCUUGCGCGGACACGACAAGGACAUCUCCACGCUGGCCUGGCAUCCCGUGCAUGCCAAUCUGCUGAGCACCGGUGGCAGCGAUGGUGCCCUGUUUCAUUACCUGCUGGACGAGCCGAACACGCCGGCAGGUCAGCCGACGACGCAGGCCCCUUUUGACAGUCCCGAUCCCUCCACAGCACCGGCCCAGAGCAUCUUCCCGGCCCAUCGCCUGCCCUACGCCCACGACUUUGCCAUCUGGUCGCUCGACUGGCACCCGCUCGGCCACAUCCUCGUGUCCGGCUCCAACGACCGGCUGACCCGCUUCUGGACUCGAGCCCGGCCGGGCGAGGACAUCUCGCGCGACCGCUAUCACAUCGGCGAGGCCGCAGCCGAGGCCCAGGGCACCUGGGACCGACGUGCUGCUUUGGCCGCCGGUGGCGCCUUUCCCCCGCCACCGUUUGCGCUGCCUGGCGUCGACCCGAGGAACCCGCCUGACCCGGCCAGGAUGCUCGAGAUCAUGCAGAAGGCCGGCAUCAAGCUGCCGCCACCACCACUGCCCGGCGGCUCGCGCAUGCUUCCAGGCCUGAUCCCACCACCACCGCCACCUGGGUCUCAGGCUGCUCCAUCCGGUGGCAGUGGGACGGCCGCUCCGUUUGGGCUGCCGCCGGGCUUCCCUGCGUCGAUACCCGGGAUGGGAGCUCUGCCGGGCCUCAGCCUGGACCACCAGCAGUCGCUGGACAAGCGGAGAGCGCCGCUGCCAAGCCAGGAGGAGAGCCUGCGCGAAGAGCAGAAGAGGGGCCACUACACACAACGGCGAUGA